GAGGCGGGGCCGGGGGCGGUUCCGCGGGGCCCCGUUAAAGCGGCGGCGGGCGCGGGCGGCGGCCGGAGGCGGCGGCGAUGGGCAGCGAGGGCCAGCGGGGCCCGGCGGCGGCCCGGAGCCCGGGGCACGGCGACCCCCGCGCCCUGCGGAGGGACUGCCAGCACCGGAUCUUUGUCAACCGGAGCCUGGCGCUGGAGAAGAUCAAGUGCUUUGGCUUUGACAUGGACUACACAUUGGCCAUGUACAAGUCCCCUGACUACGAGGAGCUGGCCUUCACGCUGCUGCUGGAGCACCUUGUCGCCAUUGGGUACCCUCCCGAGAUCCUUGCCUACAAAUACGACCCCACCUUCCCCACCCGGGGGCUGGUGUUCGAUGCCCUGUACGGGAACCUGCUGAAGGUGGAUUCCCACGGGAACCUGCUGGUCUGUGCCCAUGGCUUCCGUUUCCUCAAGGGAGCCGAAAUCCUCCACUAUUACCCCAACAAGUUCAUACAGCGGGAUGACAUGAAACGCUUCCACAUCCUCAACACCCUCUUCAACCUCACAGAGGCCCACCUCUACGCCUGCCUCGUGGACUUCUUCACCAACUGCUCCAGAUAUGUCAACUGUGACACCGGCUACAAGCACGGGAACCUCUUCAUGUCCUUCCGCAGCAUGUUCCAGGAUGUGCGCGAGGCCAUGGACCACGUCCACCUCUCUGGCUGCCUCAAGGAGAAGACGCUAGAGAACCUGGAGAAAUACGUGGUGAAGGACCCCCGUGUGCCGCUGCUGCUGAGCCGCAUGAAGGAGGUGGGGAAGGUUUUCCUGGCCACCAACAGUGACUACACCUACACCGACGCCAUCAUGUCCUACCUGUUUGACUUCAGCAAUGAGGACAAGGCUGACGUCCCGCGGCGCCCCUGGAGGUCCUAUUUCGACCUGAUCGUGGUGGACACCCGCAAGCCCCUCUUCUUUGCUGAGGGCACCGUCCUGCGCCAAGUGGACACGGACACGGGGAAGCUGCGCAUCGGGACGUACACGGGCCCGCUCCAGCACUGUGCUGUGUACUCCGGUGGCUCCUCAGAUGUGGUGUGUGACCUCCUGGGUGUGAAGGGCAAAGACAUCCUCUACAUGGGGGACCACAUCUUUGGGGACAUCCUCAAGUCCAAGAAGCGGCAGGGCUGGCGCACCUUCCUGGUGGUGCCCGAGCUGGCCCGUGAGCUGCAGGUCUGGACGGAGAAGAGUGAGCUGUUUGAGGAGCUGCGGAGCCUGGAUCUCUUCCUGGCCGAGCUGUACCAGCACUUGGACAGUGGCAGUAGUGAGCGCCCAGACAUCAGCUCCAUCAAGCGUCGGAUCCAGAAAGUCACACAUGAGAUGGACAUGUGCUACGGGAAGAUGGGCAGCCUGUUCCGCUGUGGCUCACGCCAGACGCUCUUUGCCAACCAGCUGAUGCGCUACGCAGACCUCUACGCUGCCUCCUUCAUCAACUUCCUCUAUUACCCCUUCAGCUACCUCUUCCGGGCUCCCCCUGUCCUGAUGGCCCACGAGUCAACGGUGGAGCACUCUCGCCGGGACUCGGGGGACACCGUCACUGCCCUUCCUCCCUGGCUGGCCCAGCACGGUGACCCUCGCCAGCAGGUCCCCCAGGACUCAAGUGGGGAGGAGGAAGAUGAUGGAGAAGCCUGAGCACACCCCAGCUGCUGCCAUGCCGCCCAUGGGAGGACAUUCAGUGGCCCUGGUCCACUUGCACUCAUGGCCAGCUACCACCUCUGGUGGCCACAGGAUGGCUGGUGGCCCUGCCUCAUGGUCCCUGUCACCCCUGUCCCUGGGCAGUUGGGACUUUCUCCUGACCCUGCCCAGAGCCAGGAGAGGCUCCCCCCAAGUCUGCUAGCUCCUGCCCCUUGAACUCACAUCUGCCCGGUGCCCCUUUAACUGAUUGCUCUCCCACAGCUCAGUGCCAGCCUGGGGGCAUCCAGCAGCAGGGGGAACGGGCAGUGCCACUGCUGCAGCACCACUGGCAGCCCCAGUGCAGCAGCUGGGGUCCCAGCAGCUAAAGGCCCCUGCCCCUUUAGCCUCUGGGCCUGGCCAUGAGCCCUGCAAUGCUGGCUGGAUGGGGUGGGGCUCUGGAGGUGACCCUGCUCCAGUGGAACCCCCUGCACCUGCUGUUCCUCUUUUCUUCUUUCUACCCUUUUCUAUUUAUAAAAGAUACUCAAAACUCCUGGUGCCGCAGAGACAUAAAAUUGUUUUUAAAGGAAAACUGCUUUGUCCCUGCACCUGAGAGCUGGGGGCAAAGGGCGGUCCCCAAAUCCUUGUCCAGCAGCUGGGGUAUGCACAAGCCCCUAGGGAGAAGGUGGCAGCCCCAAGCUAUCCCCACCUCUGUGGUACUCACAUAUCCCUGAACACAGAGAGACAUAGCUCUCCUAGGGUUUUCCUGGGAAGCUGUGAGAAAGCUCAGAAAAAGAAUUAAAACAAUGAUUAUCUCAA